AUGUCUGUUUAUCUGGUUGGAAGUUGGGCGAAAAUUCCGGGUGGAAAUGAUGCGCUGGAGAUGGCGGAGAAUGUUUUUAUCAAUAAGUGAGUUGGUUGCGGGAAUCUUGUUGAUAUUUGAAAUAUUAUUUUGAAAUUUUCGAAAAUUUUACACAUUACAUUAUUCUGAAAUUAAUUGUUUUUCAUAAAUUUUAAUUUUAAUUUCACAUAAUAAUUUAAUUAUUUAAAAUAAAUUUUCUAAUUUAACAUUCAUAUAGUUUUUUUUUCAGAGAUCAUAUUGAAAAAAUCCCUGAAUCCGCUCUUCAUCUCCAAGAAUUUUGUGAAAAACAUCCUGAAGUCAAGGCUGCUCUUGUCAAAGACAUUGAUCAAUUCGAUGAUCAAUACUUUGGGGUCGGUGAAUCCGAAGCAAUUUUCAUGGAUCCUCAACAAAGAAUGUUGAUGCAAGGAGUUAUUGGAGCUUUGGAAAAUGCUGGAAUUACAAUUGAAAUGGCUUCUCAAUCAAAAGUUGCUGUUUAUACUGCAGCUUGGGCGUAUGAUUAUAAAGAUUCAUUGCCACCAGAUCAAUAUAUGGCUACUGGAAAUUCGGCAAGUGUUAUGUGUGGAAGGUAUGUCCUAAAAAAAAAUGAAAAAACCUAGUUCAAAGAAAAUUAUUUUCAGAAUCACAUAUUUUUUGAAUUCUCGUGGUGCUGCUGUUGGAAUUGAAACUGCUUGUUCUUCAUCUUUGGUAGCUUUUCAUAUGGCUAGACAAGCUAUUUUGAAUGGUGAAACAGAAUUAGCCUUGGUAUGUGGUGCAAACCACGUUGGUUCUCGUUCAUUCCACUCUUUGUAUAACUCUCAUAUGGUUUCACCAAAUGGUAGAUUGGCCGCUUUUGAUAGAUCAGCAAACGGAUUUGUUAGAGCCGAAUCUUUUGCUGUUGCUGUUUUGUGUUCGAGUAAAUUUGCGAUCGAAAAUAAUCUCAAUAUUCAUGCUGAAUGCAUCGGAUCUGCUUUCAACAGCGAUGGAAAAACACCAUCUUUAACUGCUCCAAAUCCAAUUUCUCAACACGAAGUGCAAAUUAAAGCAAUGAAAACUGGAAAUGUUCCAGUUGACACUAUAACAAUGGUAACAUGUCAUGGAACAGGAACGAAACUUGGAGAUCAAAUUGAACUGACAGCUAUCAAGAAAUCAUUCAAACCAGAUAUUCGAAUUAUCAGUCCAAAAAGUUCGCUUGGUCAUGGUGAAGGUGCAGCCGGAUUGAUUGGUGUGCUUCAAUCUUUAUAUUCAAUGAGUCAUUCAAUUAUCCCCAAUCAACUUCAUCUCCAAUUAACCACCGAAGAUUUGGGAGAAAAUGUUUCGAUGACAUUUGUAAAUGAAGAAGCUGAUCUUCCAACUGUUGCGAUUAGUUCAUAUGGAUUUGGUGGAACUAAUGCUUGUGCAAUUAUUAAAAAACCUACAAAACAAGAAAAAGAAAUUGUAAAAUAUGCUGAAGCUAAUGUAUUGUUUUUAUCUGCAAAAUGUGAAGAAUCGUUGAAAUUGAAAAUUGAUGAAUAUGCUUAUUUUUUGAGAAAUACAAGUUCGUGUUUAGAAGAUAUUUUGUAUACUGAGAAUACGAGAAGAACAAAAUAUGAUGUGAGAGCAGCGGUUUAUGGAAAAUCAUCAAAUGAAAUUGCAAAUAAAUUAGAGGAAUAUCAAUUUAGCGCAAAUCAGGAUGGAGAUUUCGAAAUUGAGUUUGGAGCAGGAAAUGAAAAAUUAUGGCUUUUGAGAAUGUUAAACGAAUCGAACAAAUCAUUCAACAAAUGUGUUGAGAAAUAUUGUAAUAUGGCUAAAGAAUGUGGAAUCACAGAUGCUGAAACUGCGUUAUUUUAUCCAUUCAAGUUAACUCUGACACCAUUAUUGUAUAAUAUUUCAAGACUUAUUUCAAGUAUGGCUUCUUUUGAGCUUCUUCUGGAAUAUGACUGUUUGCCAAAUAAGUUGAGAGGACGUGGAAUGGGACAAGUAUUUUGUUUGGCUGUUGCGAAUGUUAUUACAUUUGAAACUGCAAUUUCACUCAUAUCAGCAGUUAUUGCAGAAACAGAUUUGAAUGAUUUCAUCAGCCAACUUGAUUUUCAAACAGCGAGAAUUCCAAUUGAAUAUCAGAAAAGAUCGAAACCCACAAAAAAAGUGACACCUCUGGAUGUUAUUGAUGAAAUCAAACAAACACCAAUGCCAAAUUUGAUGGCUUUUAUAAUGAAUGGCGAAGAAAUCAGUGAUGUUGAUCCAAGUGUGAAAAUUCAGAAAAUGUUAUGCUCAUUUUUCAUAAAUGGAUAUGAUCCAAAAGUGAAUUAUAUUGGAAAGAUUGUGCCUACACCGGGAUAUCAAUUUUUGAAAAGAAGAUUCUGGCAUGAAAUUAUCCCUUCAGCUAUUUCUUCAGAAAGCAAAUCUUUAGAAGAAAUCGACAUUGUUGAAAAAAUGAGUGAUUCUGAAUUGUAUGAAAAAAUAAAAGAGAUUAUUCAACGUUUCUUGGAUAUUGAAGAUGAUGAUGUGAAUUUGCUUGAAUCUGGAACAGUUGAUUCAUUAACUUCAAUUGAAAUGAUUGAAGCAAUUGGCUCAGCAGUUGGCUCAACUAUGCCAUUUGAUUUAUUGGAACUUCAUCCAACAACAAAAGAUAUUAUCAAAUAUUUGAAAACUGUUAUUGCAUCACAAGAAACAUCAAGAACAACAAAAUCGGAAACACAAGCAAUUGCAAAAGCAGAUUUUUCAAAUUCCUCAAUCGAUGUUAUAUCAUCAGAUUUCAUGUUUGCUGGAAUAGAAAAUGAAAAAGAAUUAUGGGAUGCUCUAAUGACAUCAAAAUUAACAACUGGUGAAAUGAAUGAAACCAGAAAGCAACAAAUUGGUGGAGAUGUUGGAUUAGAAGUUGGACUCUUGAAGCAAGACAUUUCGCUUUUCGAUAAUGCAUUUUUCUCAAUUGCCAAAAAUGAAUCUGAAUUUGUUGAUCCUCAACAUCGUCUUCUCUUCCAUUCUGCAUAUAACGCGUUGGAAAAAUCUGGACUCUCUGCGAUUCCAGAUGCCGAUCUUUUCUUGGCAAUCAGUUCACAUUCAGAAUAUCGUGCUAUGGCGGAAAGCAAUGUAAGUUGAAAUUUUGUGAGGCUAAACAACAUUUUUUAAACAAUAAUCUUUGCAGGUUGCCGAAUUAGAUGAGCGACUUUGGAUGGGAACAGUUCACAGUAUGGCAGCUGGAAGACUUGCUGCAAUCCUUGGAAUCCGUGGAAAAUCAAUUCUUGUGGACACAACAUGUUCAUCUAUUGCUUCAGCCCUUGAACUAGCUGUUGAAUCAAUUCAAAAAGGCAAAAAAUAUGCAGUAGUUGCAACAACUCAACUUAUCCAAUCAUCAAAAUGGUUAUAUUCAUUGAGAACAUUAUUGGAUAAUAAAACCACAAAAUCAUUUUCGGUUGAUGGUGAAGGUUUUUGUCGAUCUGAUGGUGUUGGUGUGAUUAUUUUGAAGAGAUCUAGCAACUCACCUGAUUCCGAUAUUCCAAUUAUCACUUUGACUUCGGCAAAAACCCAACAUUCUGGAGCGGUUAUUACUCCAGUUGUUGGUGUUAUUUCUCAAUUGUUGGAAAAUGCUGGUGAUUAUUCAUAUAUUGAAGGUCACGGAACUGCUACAAUAGCUGGUGAUAGUGCUGAAUCCUUGGCUUACCAGAAAAUUGGCCGAGAAAAUAUGAUUAUGUCAUCAGUGAAAGCGCAAUUUGGUCAUUGUGAAGUUGCUUCAGGGCUUAUUCAAUUGAUGAAAGUUACCUGUUUGUCAAAAUAUGGAAUGGUUCCUGCUAUUGUUCAUAACACUUUGCCAAAUGAGCAUAUCAGGUGAGCUUAAAAUAUUUUUAGGAAAAAACCAAGUAAUUCUUCCACCUCUACUUUGAAUAAAAACGUUUUUUUCAGAAACAAUAAUGAUCUACGAUUACCAUUUGUAUCUGAGGAACGUGAUAUUCAAAAGUCCGCAAUUGUCUCAUUUGGAAUCACUGGAACUAAAACAUUGGUUACAACCCAACGUGCUGCUGUCACACCAGAUCAAUCAAUCAAAACCGCAUUCCUUUUCCCAAUUUCGGCAAAAACCAAGGAUUCUCUCAAAAGAGGAAUAGCAUCAAUUAUGGAAAUGCUCGAAAAUACAAAUGAAAGCCUUCUCAAAAUCUCUAAAAAUAUGCAAAGGCAAAAAAUUGGUUUCAAAUGGAGAGCAGUGGCGGUUGGAAAAACACACGAGGAAGUUGUCAAACAUUUCAAAAGUAUUUUAACAACCGACAACUCGUUGAAAUCCAAAAAUUAUCAUAUUUCUACAUCAGAAUAUGCAUUGAAUGCUCCAUCAUUUUUCAAUAAUAUUGAACAUUUUGAAGUGGAUUAUUCCAGUUUUUGUAACCGUCUUCGAUUCGAGCCAUAUUCUGAUGAUGGUAAUAUUUAUCAUCGAAUGGCUGUGGUUUUUGCUCUGAUCAAGCAUAUAUUAAAAUUCAAAUUGGUUUCUAAAUUUGCUGUUUCUGGAUUCAAUAGCUUGAUUAUUCUUGCUGCUAUCGAUGCUGCCCCAACUCAUUAUCUUAAUGAUCUUAUUCACGCAUUUGUCAAAAGUGAUUUCCGAAGUAUGAAGAGAAUUGCAAGAGAUAUAACCAUUCAAAUAGAUGAUAUUGAAAUGUUCGAUCUCACUGGCAAAUCAAUCAAAACAUCAAGAGAAGCAGUUGAUACAACAUAUUCUGAAGAAAUCGAUAUUUCAAGAAUAUCCAGAAUCCACAUUGAUUUUAUCAAAUAAUGAACAUAUUGCGAACACAAUUCCUCUAUAUUCUGUUUCGCAAUAUUAUCUUCUUAUUGGAAAACUCUUUGAAGAUGGUGCCAAUGUUGAUUUUGCAGGAAUUUUUGGAAAACCAAAAGAGCAUGUAGCUCUUCCAGAAUAUCCAUUCAAUCGGAAAUCAUGCUGGCUUCCAAUCCAAAAGUCUAAAGCUGUCCAGAAAAUUGAAGUGAAGAAUGAAACUUUAGAACCAGUUCAGAAAAAAGAAGUAGAUUACAUAUUUGAAUUGAAUUCUGCAAAAUGGAAACAUGUUCGAAAUCACGUUGUGGAUAAUCAAAUUGUAUUACCUGGUGCCACUUCUAUCCGUCUUGUUCAUGAAUUACAUGGAGAUUCUCAAACAACUCUUUCCAAUAUUGAUUUCUUGAAUAAAAUCACACCAGAUAGUACUCCUCUGGUUAUCAAGAAAGUUUUGGAUGACGAUGGUGUUUGGACUUUGAUUGUUGGAGAAAAAGAUGCGAUUAAUUAUAAAAUUCAGAAGAAUCAUGUCAACAAUUUUAUAACAAUUGAAGAUAUUGAAUCGGAAACAAAACAUAUUGAUGAUAUUUAUGAAAGAUUUAGUAAAAGUCAAUUAACUUAUCGUAAUCAAUUCCAAAUGCUUGAUAGUAUUCGAUUCAAAAAUGGAAUAGCAGACGCUCAAUUUGCUUCGAUCGAUAAUAUUGAUAUCUUAAUCGAUGGAACAUUGCAAGCAAUUGUAUCAGCGUUCUAUUUUGAAAAUCUUGAAGAUGAAAGUCCAUAUCUUCCAUUUACAAUUGACAAGAUCACAAUUUAUGACGAUAAUCUUGCUGGUAGAAUUUUGCGAACAGUUUUGACUUAUCAAUCAUCAGAAAGUUUCGUUACUGGAAACGCCACAGUUUAUGAUGAUGAGAAAAAUGUAGGUUUUUUUGAAAGAAUUUUCUGAAAAAAAUCAUAAAUUUCAGAUCAUUCUUCAUAUUGAAAAUGUGAGUUUCAAACGAUUGUUUGCCGUUAAAGCGUCAUCGGAGGUUUCGAGACCAACAAUCAAAUCAAAAUCUGGUGAAAAUGAAACUGCAAAGUGAGUAAUACUAGAACCUACUUCUAUUAUUAUUUAUAAAUGAUUUACAGACGAGAGGCUCGAAAUAUGCUACUUAUUUGGUUUGAGGAUAACUUUGGAUGGACCGAUAUCGAUGACACUGUUGGAUUUUUUGAUCUUGGGUUAACAUCAAUUCAAGCUGUGAAACUUCGAAACCACAUCAAAUCUCAAUAUCCAGAUGCUUCAUCCACAUGUGUAUUCGAUCAUCCAACAGUCAAUGAACUAUCAAGUUAUCUCUCAUCGCUUGGAGAGUCUGCUGAAAAUGAUUCCGAUGAAGUCACAGAAGAUAUUUUGGAAGAUCAAGAAAACAUUGAACCACCAACUCGUUUAAGCCUGAAUCCAAUUGGAGUUAUGUCAGCUGCUUGUCGAUUACCUGGAGGCAUAACUUGCCCGGAAGAAUUGUGGGAAUUGCUCAAAAUUGGAAAGAAUGCUUCUUCAAGAAUCCCAGCGUCAAGAAUUCCAACAAGAAAUAAUUUGAUAAGCGGAAUUAAGUAUGGAAAUCCGGUUGAAGGUGGAAACUUUAUUCAGCAAGAUGUUUCACAGUUUGACCCAGCGUUUUUCAAAAUUUCAAAAAAGUGAAGCAGAAUUGACUGAUCCUCAACAAAGAAUUCUUCUGGAAUGUGUUCAGGUGAGAAAAUCUGGCAAUUUUGUAUUUUUAAAAACUAACGUAAUUCCAGGAAUGUCUCGAGAACAGUGGUGUUACUGAAACAUCCAAUGUCGGUGUUUUUGUCGGUUUAAUGGAAAAAGAAUACCAAGAUAUGAUGGAAUCCUCCUCAAUUUUGUCAAUGUUGGGAUCAAUGGCUGCUGUUAUCGCAGGAAGAGUAAAUUAUGUAUUUGGAUGUUAUGGUAACUUUUCCUAUUUUAUUAAAGUGGUAUCUCAAAACUUUCAGGACCAUCUGUCACAAUUGACACUGCUUGUAGUUCAUCAUUGGUUGCUUUGGAGAUGGCUGUUAAUGCUCUUUUAGAUAAUCGCUGUGAAAAAAGUUAUCGUUGCUGGUGUAAACUUGAUUUUGAAUGAGAGAGGUAAGAGAAACAUCGGUUAAAAUAACAAACAACAUUUUUUCUUUUAUAGGACAAGGUUUGCGAACUAAUGGAAAAAUGUUAUCGCAACACGGAAUGUCAUUGAGUUUUGAUUCGCGAGCUUCUGGAUACGGUAGAUCUGAUGGAUGUGUUGUUCUAAUGCUUGAAUUGGCUAAACCAACAUUCCGCUAUAUGUCAACAAUUCAAGCAGUGAAUGUAAAUCACGGUGGAAGAAGUGUCUCGCUAACAGCACCAAAUGGUGUUGCUCAUAAAAUGUUGCUCACUUCGGUUAUCAAACAAAGUCCAUCACCAAUUAUUGAUUAUUGGGAGGCUCAUGGUACUGGAACACCAUUGGGAGAUCCAAUUGAGUUUAAUACUUUAUCUUCGAUAUUCUCAAAUAUAAUUAUUGGAUCUGUCAAGGCUUCUCUUGGACAUGGAGAAGCUUCAGCUGGUACUUGUGGACUUUUGAAACUUUUCAUGAUGUUGACUCAUCAAUAUGUUCCAACACUUAUUCAUUUUCAUGUUUUGAACAAGGAUAUAAAUGCUGGAAACAUCAGAUUACCAAUUAUUGGAGAGGAAGCUGAAUUAACAUCUGCUGGAAUAAGUUCGUUUGGUGUGAGUGGAACAAAUGCUGCUUCAAUCGCUUUCAAUGAUAAUGACAAAUUAUUACCGUACUCAUUCAUUUAUGAUCGAUAUAUUCUACCAAUUUCGGCUAAAAAUCAAAUUUCUCUAGAAAAUUUGGAGAAAGAAGUUUUGUCAAUGAUUCCGGUAUCUGAUGUAUCGAUAAGUAAUAUUGCUAGCGGAUUGGCAAAUAAUCGCAAUCAUUAUACAAUCAGAAAUGCGAUGAUUGUCACAAAAUCAGGGCAUUUGUUAUCAAAAUUGGCUGGAAAACCACAUCGAACUGCGAAAAAAGAUAAAUAUCGAGUUGUUUUGAACAACAAUGUUCACGAUCCAUCCAAUUUACAAUAUGAUUUUAUUGCGGAAUUAUAUUCGGUGGCAUCUUCAAAAUAUCCAGAAACCUUUGCUUUGAAAUAUUCACUCAUUAAAUUUAUCACUUCUGUUAAUGCACAUAUUGAAAUUAUUGCUCAAGAUGAAGAAGAAUUGAUUGCGAUUCUUCUAGCUGAUGGUUCUAUUUCGUGGAAAAACUUUGAUCCAAAGUUACUGGAAAAACCAAUGGACAAAUUGCUAAAUGCUUUAUCUGAUAUGAAUUUGAAUUCAAAUAAUUGUAUGGCUCUCAAAAAUUAUGCUAGCAAACCAGAACAUAUUGUUAUCAAUGAUCAAAUUGAUUUAUUAAAUAUGAUUGCCAAUUUAUAUGUGAAUGGAUAUGAUAUUGAUUGGAGUGUUAUUUACACACCAGUACAAAAGUAUAUCAAACUUCCCAAUUAUCAAUUCAAUCGACAAUCUUUAUGGUAUAACGAAAGAGUUGAAGUUUUUGAUCAUUAUUUGAUCGGAACAAUUGAAGAAGAAAAUGAAGACUCGAUAACUUUGAAAAAUCAAAUAUCUGAACUCCGUCAUCCUCAAUUAUUCAAUGGCAAACCAAUCGAUGUCGGAACAGCUGUAGAAAUAACUAUUGAAGCGAUGAAAAUUCGAAAUGAGAUGCCAUUCAAUGUUGAGAAGUUGGACUUGAAGCAAAUCACAUUGACAAAACCAGCCUGGCUGAAAACAGUUAUCGAAGAAAUUUGUUAUGAUGAUGAAGAUGAUGGAAACGAUUAUUCUGAAUAUGAAAUUAAAGCAUAUAUCGAUGAUGAGUUAUUAUUUACAAUGAUCGGAAAAAGCAAUAUUUCUAUAGAACAAGAAGAACCUUCUGUAAAUUUGUUUGUUCCAGAAACUGUGAUCUAUCUUCAAGAUUGUUCAAAUGCCAUUAUCCGGCGAAAUAGAAAUGUGAUUCAUGUUGAUUCAAAGGCUGAAACUUCGCCAUUCCGAACUGCUAAUUUAGUAUUGAAUGAGAUGAUUGGAAAAUACUCGGAUCCUUCGGAAAUGCAUCUUGAUAUAUUUGGCGUUCUCACUCCAGAAUAUUAUAUGGUUCAAGUUGAUGAUGGAAUUUUAUGGCAAUUCCAGGUAACAAUUUUUUUCUCAUAAAAAUCCAAUAAAUGUUUUCAGAUAAUCUCUAUGGACAAGAAAAUAUUAUCGAGUAUUUAUGUCACAAAAUCAGAUGCAGGGUUGCAUUUACCAGCUGUGAGAAUGCAUAAAAAAUCGACACUUUUAUCAUCACAAGAAGCUCAAGAAAUUGCUGUUCGAACAUUGCAGAUGUAUAUUCAAAAAAAGGUGAAAGCUGCGUUUGCUGAUGUUAUUGAUUCUGGUUUGGAAAUUGAUGAAAGUCAAAUGAGCACUGGAUUUUCUGAUCUUGGGAUGGAUUCAUUAGCAACAGUGGAUUUGUUAAAUCGAUUGAAUCAGAAAUAUUUCCAACAAAUUGAAUUGACAAAUAGUGAUUUGUUUGAUAAUCCAAAUGUAGUUGAUUUAUCAGUGAGGAUUGAAGAAUUAUUGAAAGAAAAAGGAAUCGAUAGUAUUGUUUCAAUUGCAACUCCAAAAACAUCAAUUGCUACACCGAAAACAUCAAUAGCAUCUCGGAAAAUAUCAAUUAGAGAAAGAAAAAAGUCAAUUCCAGCCAGCAAAAUACAGCAAAUUGCUCAAAUUGAACUUGUGAAGGAACAUAGUUCCGAUUCAGGAAGUAUUGAUAGAAAUGUUAUCAAAAAACGGAUAACUGACGCUGUUUAUGAUUUGAUAACCGAUUCAAUAACUAAUUAUGACAUCGAGACAAAAGGUUUCACAGAUCUUGGAUUGGAUUCGAUGUCACUUAUUGAUUUCUUGAAUCGAUUGAAUGAGAAAUAUUUCCCUGGAGAUGAUAUAACUAGUGGAGAUAUAUUUGAUAAUCCAUCAGUGAAUGAAUUGGCAGAUCAUAUUUAUCAAAAGAAAUCUGGAGAAGAAAAAGUUGAUGUUGUUGAAAAAGCUAUUAGUGUUGAACAAGAAACUGAAAGAAAACUGGAGAUUUUGGAUCAAGCGUUUUUAUUGAUUGAUGAUUACAGCACAGCUAUCGAAUUCACUCAUAAAAUAUUCAUAGAGAAAAUGGAGCUUUUUAUCAAACGGAAAUCAGAUUUGAAACAAAUGCUUUUGGAGAAUGUUGAUACAUCAAUCAUCUCAUCAACUGGAAAUCAAAUACUCAUUCAUCUUGAUAAUUUUGAAAAUGAGAAUGAGAACAUCGAAUAUAUCUACAUGGGUCUUCUAAACUUCGCAAGACAACUAACAAAACUCAAAUCCUCUUGCAAAAUUGGAGUUUCAAAAUCAUUCUCAAUAGGAAAUUCUAUCGCUCGUUCAUUUUUAAAAACAGUUUCUGCUGAAAAAUAUCCAAAUAUUGAGUUUCUAUGGGAUCAGAAAAUCCAACAAGUAACAUUCAUCGAAGAGAAAAAACCAGUCAGUGGAAAUUGGUUGAUAACCGGUGGUUUGAGUGGAAUCGGAUUUGUUAUUGGUGAAUAUUUGGCAAAUAAUGGUGCAGAAUCUGUUAUUUUGGUCAGUCGAAGACAACCAUCGACUGAAGUUUUGAAUCAAAUCAAAAAUUGGAAAUCGAAAGUUUAUACAAUUGCUUCAGAUAUUGCUGAUAAAUCAAAAAUGGCCGAAGAAUUGAGAAAACUCAAUAUAAAUGUGAAUAACUUUAUUCAUUCUGCUGGAGUUUUGAAAGAUUCGAAAAUUGAGCGACAAACUGUGGAGACAUUUAGACAAGUUAUAAAUCCAAAGUCUGAAGGUUUUCAUACGUUGGAAUAUUUGGAGCAACAGUUUGGAUAUAAGGUAAGACAUAUUUGGGGAGUUUUGGAGAAUAAGAAUAAAAUGAAUCAGUAUGAAAUUGUUUUUUUCAGAUUGACAAUUUCAUUGUGAUGUCUUCAUUCACAGCGGCUUGCGGAAACGAUGGUCAAUUGAAUUAUGGAGUGGCGAAUGCUUAUCUAGAACAUCAAGUAAGUUUUUUGCCCUAACAAACUUGUAUGCUAAUCUGAACCGUCUUCACAGAUUCAAAAACGAGUUGCAAGUGGAAAAUCUGGUUGUGCAAUGCAAUGGGGAAAUUGGCUUGACACUGGAAUGGCUACAAAUACACAGGUUCAAAAUUAUCUGAAAAGUAUUGGAUUUUUGGGACAACAUAAUGAAGAUGCGUUGAAGUAUCUGAGAAUUUGUAUUGAGAAAAAACCAUAUCGCAUUAUGGUAGCGAAUUUGAAUUGGAACACUAUUUUGGAAAAGAGAAAAGAUUUGCCAAGAGAUUUAUUGAGCACGAAUAAAAUUGAGUACCAUUCGGGAUUUUUGAAAAUUCAAUUGCCAUCGAAAUAUGAAGAAGUUCAGAAAAUUCCCGAAAAGGAAGUGGAUGCCACAAGAACUGAAUUAGAAUUUGAAGAUGAAGAUGAUCUUUUAGAUUUUCUGAAAUCGGAAAUUGCAAAACUCACCAACACUCCCGUCAAAAAGUAUAAAAACAACUCAAAUAUCAUGGAAUCUGGUCUUACUUCAAAUUUGUUGAUGACCCUUAUGAGCACCCUGAAUUCAUCGUUGAAUUUGAAUUUGAAUAUUGGUGAUUAUUAUAAUAAUCCAGUUCUAGAAAACUUGACCGAAUUCAUCUGGGAAAACAUGAAAAAUCAAGCUUCAACACAGAAGAAGGAAAACGAAACGAAGAAAAUUGAAAAUCCCGAUUUUUCAUCGAUGUUUGGUGUAAAUGUGUUUCUGGAGGAGAAGAAAGAGUUGAAUGAUAUCAUUGAAUCGCAAGAAUUCCCCUCUAGAAGCUUUGGUAAUUAUGUGGUUCCUAUAACUGCGAAAAGUAUUGCUGAAGCUAAAGAAAAACUGAAAGACGUUAAAUCUGAAAAUUUGAAACCGGUGAACAAUGAGAGCAGAUCAAAAUCAGUUAUGAUGUUAACCGGACAAGGCUCGCAAUAUCCAAUGAUGGGAAGACAAUUAUGUGAACAUUAUCAAAUUUUCAGAAACACACUUGAAUCAACAUUGGCAAAAUGUGAUGAAUAUUUGGCUGGUGAUAAGAAAUUAUGGGAUAUAUUAUUCAACACUGAUAAUCAUAAAGAACUUCAAUUAACAAAACAUAUGCAGCCGAUCAUGUUCUGCUUUGGAUAUUCACUCGGAAAACUUUGGGAAUAUUUGGGUGUUUUACCAGAUUAUUAUCUUGGACACAGUGUCGGUGAAUUGGCGGCUGGUGUUUUGGCUGGAAUUAUGUCGAUUGAUGAUGGUUUGAAAUUGAUUGUUGAAAGAGGAAAAGCUAUGGAAAAUAUUGCUGGACUUGGUGCACUUUUAGCUGUUCAACGAGAAAUUGCAGAUGAUGUUCUCAGAAAGUUUAAAGUUGUUGUUGCCACGUUGAAUAGUCCGAAACAAGUUGUAUUUGCUGGAACUAAACCAGAACUUGAUCAAGCUCUUGCAUUUGUCAAAAAAAGCGGUACGUCAGGAAACAAUUAUUCAUAAGUUUUUCAAUCAAACUUUUUUUUCAGGAAAACAGGGAACAUUUGUCAACCAAAUGUAUCCAUUCCACUCGAAUUUGAUUCAAGAUUCACAUUUGAAAAACUUGCGCAAAUGUUUGGCUAAAAUAACAUUCCAAAAAGCGAAAAUUCCACUUGUCAGCAAUGUUUCCGGACAACUCAUUGAUAGUUUUGAUCAGGAAUAUAUCAUCAAACAUACUGUUUCGGCUGUAAAGUGAGUUUUUUGUUGAUCUGAAACAAUAACACAUAUUUUCUUUAAGGUUUGUGAACUGUGUUGAGACCUUGCAAGGGUUAGAUGUGAAUGUCUGGAUUGAUGCUGGACCAGCCGCAGUUUUGGCAACAUUUGUGAAAAGAAUCAUUGUGCCUUCGGAACUUUCAAAACAUCGAGUUAUUCAAACUUGCAAGGAAAAGGAUGAUGAGAUUGAUUGUGUUAUUCAAUCAUGUUUGGAAUUGGAGCAAGCUGGUUAUAAUAUUAAUUGGAUAAAUGUUUAUGGUUGUGGAAAAGAUAGUCUUCUCGAAGAAAAUGUUUUGGAAUUUCCAAUUAGUGAAAAAUCAAAAAUCGAUGAUGGAGAAAUGGAUAUUUUGAUGGAUCAUAAACUCAAUGGAAGAGUAAUUAUCGCAGGCGCUUAUCAAUUGUUCAAAUUAGUUAAUUUUGUGAAACGCCAAGCACAUGGUUUAGCUCUCAAAAAUGUCAAAUUUUCAAAAGCUUGGUAUCUUGAAAGCGGAGUUGAUUUUAUUAUUGAUUGGCAUGCUGAUAUGAGAAUCACUCUCACUGUCAAUAAUGAAAUUAUGUGCUCUGCAAAACUUGUGCAGUUUGAAAAUUCUCUUUCGAUUCCAAGUUGUAGUGUAGAAGAAGAGAAUUUUGAUGUGAAAGACUUUUAUGAUACGUUAUAUAGAAAUGGAUUACAAUAUGAUGAUGGUUUCCGGAAAAUGACAAUCGCUAAAAGAUCUGACAAAAAAUGUUUCACUGAUUUAAAAUCUUCGGACUAUCUUUGGCCGUUGAUUGAUGCGGCAAUGCAUUCAAUCACUGCAAGUGUUAUUCGACGAAGACCAAACUGUUAUUUCUUGCCGGUUGCAAUGGGAACCGUUUUUAUAAGAAAUCAAAAUUAUGACAACUCCAAAUUAUCCGGACAAUCUUGGAUCACAUCAGAAAAUGAGAAGUUUAUUGAGGUUAAUGUGGUAUUGUUAUCUGGAACCGAAGUCGUCUGCGAGAUUAGAAAUAUGACAAUUGUUGUGAAAAUGGAGAACGUUGAAACACCAAAAGUUCAAAUCGAUGAUGAAAACAAUGAAAUCAAAAUUGUGAGUUUUGAUGUGACAUAUCCUUUCAACUCCCCAACCUCCUCUUCAAAAAAUUCUGGCUGGGAUUUUUUGAAAACAAAUAAGAUAGGGAAUAAUAACUUGUCUGGCUCAAAAGUUGCUUUGCUUGAUGUUGAUCAACGGCUUUGGGACCCUGAAUUUUUCAAUAUUCGACCAUCAGAAGCUCAUUUUCUUGAUCCACAACAAAGGUUGAUGCUCACAAGUAUUGCCAAACUUCUAGAUUCAGCAAAAAUAAAUUUGUUACCUGUGGAAACUGGUGUUUUCAUAGGCUACUCAACACACGAAUUUGCUCACGUUGUUUAUGCUCAUAGUAGAAAAUCACCAUAUUCUGAAUGGAGUAGUGGAACUGCUACGUCAUCAAUUGCUGGAAGAAUAGCUUAUUGGCUGAAAAUCAAAGGACCAACAAUAACUGUUGAUACUGCUUGCUCUUCUUCAUUUUCAGCUUUGUCUUUAGCUUGUGAUUCAUUGAAAAAUGGACAAUGUAAAUAUGCUAUUGUGGGCUCUGUUAAUUUUCUAAUGCAUGAAAUGACAACUAAUGUGCUUUCUAAUGCAAAUAUGACAAAUAGUGAAAGUUGCAAAGUUUUUGAUUGUGAUGCUGAUGGAUAUAAACGUUCUGAAGCUGUCUCAACAUUGCUCCUAACUAAUUCAGAUGAUAUUGAAAAGUCUUUUGGGACUAUUAAAAACUGGUGUAUUGGUCACAAUGGAACAAGUUCCUCCUUGUUCACCCCGAAUGGUAGAUCUCAACAAGAAAUUAUGCGAAAAGUGGUGGCUAACUUUCAAAAUAUCUCUCAUUUUGAAACGCAUUGCACUGGAACGAGUUUGGGGGAUCCUAUUGAAUUGAAUUCUAUCAGAAGCCUAUGUAAAUCAGAAAUUAUUCCAGUCAGCAGUAUUAAAUCAAAUCUUGGACACUGUGAAGGUGCAAGUGGAAUAAUAUCAUUGUGUGCAACUCUUGAGCAGCAAUUGUUCAGUUAUAGAUUGCCUCAGUUACAUUUGAAAUAUCUCCCGGAUAAUUCAAGAUUGAAAAUCAAUUUUAUUGGGGAGGAAAUUGAAAGACCUGAUGAAUCUGUCGUUAUUAAUAAUUUUGGAUUCACUGGUUCCAAUUGUUGUUUCCAAAUCGAUUUCCAAUUGCGAAACUCAAAAUAUUCAACAGACGAUCAAGUUUUCAUACCAAUUCUUCUGUCAUCUCACACAAAAGAAACUCUUCAACAAACAAUUGAUCAAUUUUUGGAGUUUGUUCAAAACACUUCGAACAGCCUGAAAGAUAUAUCAUUCAGUCUUAUGAAAAAGAAAAUAUAUCGAUAUAGAAUUGCAUUGAUUUUUGAUUAUCGAAGAAAAAUUGUUUGGAGAAGUGAUGAGAAGUUUGCCAUUGAUGAUCCGCGUAUUGAGAAAAUUAUAGAAGAUGUGCAAGUUUUCAUAAUAGAUGGGAAAUUCAUAUCUACUCCUGAACAUGGAUUUUUGAUUGAUCUUCCACCAAUAAUAUUCAAACAAGAUGUUUAUUGGAAACUUGAAAACUAUUCAGAUGCUAUUAAUCGUAAGAGCACAAUUAACAAGAACUUGUUUUUCGAGAAAUAUUUGAUAUUGAAAGCGAGUGAGCAACUUCCAAAAUCCAAAUCUUGGCUUACCUAUAUCUUCAAAGAGAGUAGUGUUAGUCAAUUUAACAAGUUGUUAAAAUUCUGGUCAGAUAUUGAUCCAAAAACAAUAGAUCUUGUUGUUUUUGGAUGCGAAGCUAAUGGAACAACAUUCACUGAAUGGACAUCUGUUAUCAAAACUUUGGCAAGUGAAAAACUUGUUCCAUUCAAGUUUGUAUGUUAUGAGAGAAAACGUCAGUUCGAAACUGAGCUCAACACAUCGGAUCUCUAUGAGAUGAUAUUCUACAAAAACAAUGAGCGAUAUGUGGAAAGACUCCGUAAAAUGACUGUUAUUGAGGUUGAGAAUAAUAUUAGAUUUGAUGAUAAUUUGAUGUCUGGAGGAACUGGAGGAAUCGGAACAGCUUUGAUGGAAAAUAUAACAAUGGGAGACACUGAAAUAAUAACAAGAUCUCACCAAGAUUUAUCAACUAGCAAUAAUAAUAUCAAAUAUACAACUGGAAAUGUAACACACUUCAAAACUUUCAGAAAAUAUGAGAAUAUUUUCCAUUUUGCUGGAUUGGUAAAUAAUGCAACUCAUAAAAAUAUGAUGCCAAAAAAUAUUGAAGAACUAUAUGAAGUGAAAGUCAAUGGGGCUCGAAAUCUAUUGAAAUAUUGUGAGAAUAGUUUCAAAAUGGCUUCUUCUAUUGGAUGUAUUUUGGGAUCAUAUGGUCAAUCAAAUUAUGUGUUUGCAAAUGGAUUAGUCACCUCAAUUCUUCAAAAAUCAAAACAUAUAGAAUUUGAUGUUAUUUAUUGGGGACCUUGGAAAGAUGUUGGAAUGUUGGCUAAAAAGGAGUGUGACAAUAUAAACCGACAAUUGAGGGAGAAUGGUUGGCAUCCGUUAUCCACAGAAGAUGCCUUAUCAGUUUUCAAAAUUGGGAAGACUGAAAGUUCAAAACGUGAAAUAUGUGUCUUUGACGGAGAUUUUGAUAUUAUUGCAAAAAAUAAUGAACAUCUCCGACCAUUUUUAUCAGAAUUAUCGGAUUUAUCAACUUUUUCAUCAAAAGUGCAACAUUCUUCCGAUUUUGAAAAUAUAUUUAUAGAAGUAACCGGAAUUCGAAACUUGGAGAAUUGCAAACACACACCAUUUAUGGAUCUUGGAAUCGAUUCUUUGUGUUUGGAAACUAUGAGAUCUGCAAUUAAUCGAAAUCUUAAUUUAGACAUUACAGUCUCGGAUUUGUUUGAAAAUACAACAUUUUCCAAGUUGCAAACAUUUAUUGAAACAUUGACAAAAAAUACGGAUAUAAUCACAGAAAUCAAAACUCCAGAGAAUUCUGAAUCAAUUUCUAGUCAUGAUAAAAUUGCUGUGAUUGGUUGGAGUGCAGAAUUUUCGGGAUCCCAGGAUAUUGAAGAAUUUUGGAAAAAUUUGCUAGAAGGAAAAAUUUGCGAAGGAAAACUGAAAAAUCCUCAUACUUUUGACAACAAAUUUUUCAAUAUAACUGAUGAGGAUGCAAAAGUUAUUGAUCCACAAAUUCGGAAAUUCAUUGAACAUGCAUAUUUGGCAUUGGAAGAAUCUGGAUAUGUCAAACAAAGAAGAUCAUUGAAAUGUGCUGUGUUUGCCGGUGCUGAGCCCACGAAUUAUGGUAAACCGGAAAAUUCAGAUGAUUCAAUGAGAAAAUUGUUUGUUAUGAAUAUGAACAAUUAUCUAGCAUCAUAUGCUUCAUAUUGUUUAGAUUUGAAUGGUGAAUCUGUAUCAGUUUAUAGUGCGUGUUCGACUACUCUUGUUGCUCUAUCUCAUGCAGUUCAGUGUUUGAAAAUGAAACAAGCUGAUUUAGCACUAGUUGGUGCUGCAUCAAUCAAUAAUGACGAGAAUGAUGGUUCAUCUGAUGAGAAAAAGACACUAUUUGCAGCAUCUGGAGUUUGUAGACCAUUUGAUUCAAAAUCUGAUGGUAUAAUCAGAGGAUCAGGUGUUGGAUGUUUGGUUUUAAAAAGAUUGAGUGAAGCAAUUCAAGAUAAAGAUGAUGUCAAGUUUGUUAUAAAUGAUUUUGGAAUUUCAAACGAUGGUAAUUCUCGAGCAAGUUUCAUGGCUCCGAAUCCAAGUGGACAAUUGAAGUGUAUGAAUAUUGUGCUAGAAAGAAUGCCUGAAGCUGAAAAACAAAGAAUCAAUUAUGUAGAAUGUCAUGCAACUGGAACUGUACUUGGUGAUACAAUUGAACUGGAUUCUUUGAAAACUGCAUAUUCUUUCAAAAAACAAAUUAUUAUUGGAUCAUCAAAAGCAAACAUUGGACAUUCUUAUGCUGCCUCUGGUUUGGCUUCUCUUAUCAAAUCAGCAAUGAUGUUGAAAACUGGAAUUAUUCCACCUCAAAUCAAUUUUGACUCGUUUCGAUCUGAUUAUCAAAACUUUUUUGGUGUUUGUAAAUCUGGAAUAAAACUACCUGAAAAUAGUUUGAUUGCUAUUGAUUCAUUUGGAAUCGGCGGAACAAAUUGUCAUAUGAUCAUCGAAAAAUCUCCAGUGAUGUUUAAUGAAGUUUUGCAAUUCAAUAAGAAUCGAGUUUUGAUUCCAAUUUCUGCUAAAUCUGAAUCCUCUCUUGUAAAAAUAACCCAAAAAAUGGAGAUAAAGCUACAAAAAAUGAAUGAAGAUAUUUCGAUGAUGCAAAAUUUCCGAGAAGAAUUCAGUUUCCGACGAAUUAUUGAUGUAAACCUAUAUUCUCAAAAAAUAUUUCAUGGUCGAAUUAUAAACUGCACUUCAUCUCCGAAAACCUGUAUAUUUUUUGCACCCCAAGGCAUACAGUACUCAAAUCUUCUUCAAACUGAGUAUGGAAAUAACCCUGAUUUCAAGAAUGAAGUUCUCAAAUUAUGCAAAAUUGCAUCAAAAAUUACCGGAAGAAACUUCGAGAAAAUAUUGUAUGCAGAAGAUAAUCAAGAAGGAGAGAUUGACCAGCCAGAAAACUGUCAGUUGGCAAUUUUGAUUCAAGAAGUUUCUCUAUAUAAUUUUUUGAAAUCUACAGGAAUUGAGGUUGAUAUAUUUGUAGGGCAUAGUAUUGGAGAAUAUUCAGCAGCAGUAUGUUCUGGAGUCAUUGAUGCACAAUCAAUUUUGGAAAUUCUUUAUAAAAGAACAGAACUUGUUCAAAAAACAGAGCCUGCCAGAAUGUUGAUGAUAUGGGAUAAUUGUCUGAAUCUACCAUCAAAUUUAGAAAUAAGUGCGAUUGUUGAUGAAAAUAUACGAUGUGUUGUGGGAAAAAGCAUAGAUAUUGCACAUUUUGUUGAACUUUUAAAAAUGAAUCAUAUAAGAUAUCGAGAGAUCAAUACAUCUUAUGGUUUUCACUCAUCAAUGCUUGAAACAAUCAGGGAGAAUUUUGAAAACUAUUGUCAAUAUUUUGAUUUCACAACUGGUGGAAUUCCUUGGAUCUCAUGUAUCACAGGAGAACUGAAAAGGGAAUUAUCAUCAAAAUAUUGUGGAAAACACCUAGUUGAAGCUGUGAAUAUUGAAAAAAUCGUUGAAAGUUUGAUAGAGAAUCAAAUCGAUGUUGUAAUUGAAGUUGGUCCUUCUGGUGUUUUGGAAAAACUUUUGAAAUCAAAAGGUUCAUCGAUGAGAGUUAUACCAACUUGUGGAUCAAAGAAAAAACGGUUGGAAGACUUGGAUUAUUGUUUCAAGCAACUAUGGGCCAAUGGAAUAUCGUUAAAUACCAGUAAAAAAGAUGUGAACAGAAAUUAUAUCAGAGGUCCCGGAUACUGUUUUGAUGAAUACGAGUUCACACAAACUUCUAAAUCUCAACCAAAAAAUGGAAAAAAGUUUGAAUUUUAUGUGGAUAAUUGGCAAAAACUCGAAACAGAACACAAAGUAGAUGCUGAUUCUGAAAAUGCAGAUUAUCAACUAGUUCAAGUAGGUGAUAAAAUGAAAUCUGAUGGGAUUUAUGUGUUUGAUUUAAUUGACAAUUGUGAUGAUUUGAACAAACCAUUUCAGUUGGUUGAACAUUUGCUGAAAGAGAGUUUCAAACUCUUGAUAAUAAAUGUGCAAAAAUCCACACCUUCAACAAAUAUGGUUUUGGGGUUGAUAAGAUGUUAUGAAACCGUUUCAAAUCAAAACGUUGUGUGUGUUGAGAAUCCAGAGAGCCUUGAAGCAAAGAACAUUGUCGCAAUUGCUAAAAAUACGAGUUCUAAUUAUUUGAAAAUAUCAAAUUCAUCAGUUUUCACUCUUAAAUAUCGGAUUGCUCCAUUUUCCCAUGACCCGCCUAAUCAACCCUUGGUAAAAAAUAAAGUUAUCAUUUUCGGAGCUUCUGGAUUUAUCGGAAAUGUAUUUUGUGAAAUAUUGGAGGAUUUUGAUGUUGUUAGAAUAUCAUUAGAGAACUCGGAUGUUUGUUGUGAUAUCACAAACUAUGAAAAUGUGGAGAAUGUAUUGGCAAGCUUUAAAAAUGAGAAUUUGAAAUAUAUCAUAAAUUGCACUGGUCAAGAAUCUUCUAAAAAUUUGAACAAGUCAAUUGAAGAUAAAUUGAAAGUUUUGAGCAUUAAAACAACUGGAAAUGCUAAUAUCAUCGAAGCGAUUGAGAAACUUGAAAUUCAUGUUGAUAAAAUGAUAAUUUGCUCCUCUUUGAGCUCAAUAAUCCCAAUUUAUGGAAAUGAAGAUUAUGCGAGUGCAAAUUGUUUUGUAGAUGCAAUUCCAAAAUCAACUGAAUCAAAGUUCAUUAAAAGUUUCCUGUCACUUGGACUACCUCCAAUAAAAUCGAGUCGGAUGUAUGAAACUUCAAAUGAAUCAACAAAAAAGAUGAUGAACUCAAUUUCUAUUGACAAGGCAAACUGUGUUGAUUUGUUGAAAAAAGUUAUUGAAUAUGAUGGAACUAUUUAUAUAUCUCCGGAAAAUCCUGAUAAAAUUGCUGCAAGAAGUUUGAAACAUCAUAAAGGAACUGGUUUAUCAUUGAAAACAACAUCAAUUGCUCAAACUGUAUCAAAUAUUUGGAACUAUGCAAUAGGAAUCAGCGGAGAAGUGCAGCCAUCUGAAAAUUUUUUCUCACUUGGUGGUGAUUCUUUGAAUGCACUUCAAGUGGUUUGGGACAUUAAAAAAGAAACUGGAAAAGAUAUCCACGUCAAUGAUAUUUUUGAACAUCCCGUGUUUGAGAAUUUUGUUAAAUUCAUCUCGAAUCAAAUUGUGCCUGUCAAUAACAAUCAAGAUGAAUUUAUUAUCACAAACUAUGAUGAAAUCCCUUUAACAAAUUCACAAACACAAAUGUUUGUUUUGCGGCAAGUCGAUAAUUCUGAUAAAUAUAACCUUAUAUUUGAGAUAAGUAUCAACUAUACAAAUGAUUUUAUAUGGAAAUAUUUGAAACACGCCAUUUUGACUAUGAUUGCUCAUCAACUUAGCUAUCGCACAACUUUUUCCAAAUCUCAAAACCAAUCGAUUCAUUCAUUAACUGAAGCAUAUUAUAAUUUUGAAAGUUCCCUCAAAUCUUCGGAAUUGAAAAUGAUCAUUGGAAAUGAAUUGAAUUAUCAAUUUGAUAUUGGAAAAACAAUACCUCUUCGAAUUCUCACAAUUAAAAAAGUUGAUAAAAUCCAAAUUAUCUUCAAUCAACAUCAUAUACUAACAGAUGGCUGGUCAAUGACAAUUCUCGCAAACAAUAUCAAUAAAUUUUAUAAUGGGUAUUGUGAGAAUAUGGAUGAUUUUCCCACAAGUUUUGGUAAUUCUAUUCCAAAAUAUGCAAUUAAACAAAGUUCAAUGAGAAAUUAUAAUUUCAAAGAGAUUUUUGAUUAUAUCGGAACUUCAAAUCACACCUCGAUUCCAGUGGAUUUCAAUGAAAAAACUGAUUAUAAGCGAAUCAAUAAAGAUAUUCCAAAUAGGCUUUGGGAAUCAUCUCAAAAAAUCGCCAAGCUGAAAAACGUCACACUCUAUAACUUGAUUUUAACAGCGUUUUGUAAAACUGUGAGAUCAUUUACGGCGCAGUCGGAUUUAUUGUUUGCCUAUGCAGAUUCUGGGAGAAAUCAAGAUAAUUCAAAUCUAAUCGGAUAUUGUAUGAACAAUAUUUUGUUCAAGUGCGAUUUAUCUGAAACAGAAGAUAUAUCUGAAAAAGUUAUUGAAGCCGUGAACAUCUCAAGAAAGUUUGCUGAUAUUCCAUUUCAUGAAAUUGUUGCUCAACGAAAAGAUCUUGGAAAUAUUUCAAUAUACUUCAAUUUCCGAAAAAAGUUGGAUUAUCCAAAUGUUUCAAUUCGAGGAGCUGAAUGUGAAAUAACCCAUAUUUCUUUGAACAAUGCUUUUGAUUUUUCCUUCACAAUUGAUGAAAAACCAACAAAUGCAAUCAUUAGUUUGGAUUAUAACAAUGGAAAAUAUUCUGGAAAUACCAUGAACAAGUUUAUGGAUUUAUUCAUGAAACAUUUGAAAAGAAAUGAACAAAGGAAAGUUGUUAAUAUUGGGAAGCAAUUAGAUUAUCCAAAUGGAUUUAUGAGCUCUGUGGAAAAUUUGGAAACUAUUGCAAACAUUAACGAACAAUUUCUUAUGAAAAAUGUUAAUUUGAUCAGAGAAGAUGACUUGAUAGCAAUUGACGGUGAUUUCACAACUAUCAGAGCAUGUGUUUUCACUUCUGCUGCUUAUGUUCCAAUUGACAGAGAAUGGCCAGAAGAAAGAAAGAAGUUCAUUGGAAAAAUUGUGAAUUUAUGGUUCAACACAAAAUUGAAAAAACCUAUGAAUGAGAAAAUUCGAUUUUUCAACAAACGUUCAAAAUAUGGAGCAUUCUAUACAAUAUUUACAAGUGGCAGUACUGGUAUUCCAAAAGGAGUUGUGAUUUCAGAACAGUCGGUGGCAACUUUUUUGACAUCUUUCACAAAAACAUGUCUUCUUCGGAAUAAAAUGAGAAUUGCAAAUUCUGUGAAUUCAGUUUUUGAUGUAAGUGUAUCGAAUAUUUUUGGAUCUUAUGUGAAUUCUUGUGAGCUGGUGGAUAAUAUUUCUAACUCUCAUUAUGCAUUUCUGCCAUCUGCAGUUUUCAAUUCCUAUUCUAAAAAUCAGAUAGCUGAUUUGAAUCAUCUCGAAACACUUACAAUUGGCGGAGAAUCAGUAGCAGAUGGAAAUUUAUCAAAAGUUCCCACUAAAGUUAUCCAAAUUUAUGGGCCAACUGAAACAUGUAUCUGGUCUUUGAUCAACUCAUACAAAAAAUCACGGUCUGAAAAGCGACAAGGAUCUGAAAUUGGAAAACCUAUUGAGAACGAAAGAUGUUUCAUUGAAAAUUAUGGAAUUCGAGGAGAACUCGUAAUAAGAGGAAUAUCUGUGGCAAGAGGUUACAUCACAACAAAAACCGAACAUGGCAAAGUUUUCGAAAACAAUUCAUAUUCAACAGGUGAUGUAGUUGAUACACGAAAUGAUGAAAAUAAAAUCAAAUAUAUUGAUCGAAAAGAUAAUCAAGUAAAAUGGAAAGGUGUUCGUAUAGAUUUAUCCGAAAUUGAGAAUGAGAUGCUUGUAAAGCUUGAAAAUAUGCUUCAAAUUAAAUUGCUUAUUCAAAAUCAACAGCUUAUUGCAUUUUUUGUUGGUCCUUUUUAUGAUUAUAGCCAUAUUGUGACUUGCUUGAAAAAUUCCACCAUUAUGCCAGAUCAUUUUGUUCGACUCAAGAAAAUGCCUUUGAAUUCCAGUGGGAAGAUUGAUAAAUCAAUUUUGUUACAGGCUUUUGAUCAAGUUAGGAAAUCGUAUAAGAAAGAACUUGUGAUGAUGAAAACUUCAGCAGAAGAGAAGGUAUGUUAUAUUUGUUUUAAAAAAUCUCGUCACAUCUAAAAAUACAAUUUUAAAAGUUUCCAGGUUCUCAACACAAUAUCAACAGAAAUCGGCCACACUGUUAAUCUCAACAAUAAAUUCACUGACGUUGGUGGAAAUUCUUUAUCAGCAAUUCAAGUUGCCUAUAAACUUUCCGAGAUUUUUGGCGUUGAAAUCAAAGCGCAUGAUAUUCUUCAAGCAGAAAACAUCCAAGAUAUUACCACUAAAAUCACAUUUGCCCACCCGGAAUCUUCUGUUUCUGGAGUUAUAACAAAACUUCGAGAAGUAAAAGAUUCAAAAUGUAACAUUUAUAUAAUUCAUGCAAUUGGUGGCACAAUUCUCCCAUAUUAUUCUUUCCUCCGAGUUUUCCCAAAAAAUGUCUCGCUCUAUGGUAUUGAAUUCAAUUUGAAGUAUCCAUCAAAUAAUUUGAGGGAAUUGACACAAUUUUAUGCUAGAGAGGUAGAGUUUUUUAUAGAUUCAAUUCCAGUUAACAAAGUGAAUAUUUUUGUAGAUCGCUGCUCAUGCCAAAUCCAAACAAAUCUUUGUAAUUGGUCAUUCUAUGGGUGGAAUUAUGAGUCGUGAAAUUGUUGAAGAGCUCAAAAUGUGGAAUUAUAAAAUCCCAUUUGUUAUGAUGUUUGAUUCUUGGGUGCUUCGAACAAAUGAGCUGGAUCUUGAUAGCAUUAAAAAGUUCAUCACUUAUGUGUUCUCAAGAUUACAAAACAGUGAGCAAUAUAUUGAAGGAGCGGUAUGUUUUUUUUUAAAUAAAAAACACAUUUUCAUGGAAUAAAUGAGAUUUCAGCUGAAAUUGGCAAAACUUUUACGUGAAUAUAAAACAUCGGUGAGCAAUACAAAGUUAUAUUUGUUCAAGAGUAAACAACUUGGUGAGGCUGCGUUCAAAAAAGCUGUUAGGUUCGUUUAUUGUUUUUGUUUUUUUUAAUGGAAGAUGUAGGGAACAGUUGGAAUUUUGGUGGGAGGAAGGAAUUUAGUGAACAAGCUGAGAAGUUUCAACAUAACUUUUCUAACAAUAAGUUUCAAGCUCAAAUUGAAUUCAAAAUUAGCUCAAAAUAUUAUUUAAACUUAACUGCAUCUGAUUUUGUGUUUUCAAAAACUCCACUGAAAAUUUACAAAAUUGAUUAUUUCAUAAGUAAUUUUCAAUUUCGAAACCACUCGAAAAUUUUUUCAACAACGAAUAGACCGUUUUAUUUUCAAAAACUCAACUCCAAACAUUUUCCAGAUCUGACUUGAACGAGCAACUGUGUCGCUCAAUGACUUGCAACGGUUUCGAUGAACUCUCACUCCAACCAAUCGAUACAUAUUUGGUUAGUUAUAUUUUGUCUUUCUCUAACAAUUAAAAAACAUUCCAGAUAAACGGCGAUCACGAAAGUUGUCUCGAUGCCAAAAACCUGUUAGAAGUCAAAGAUUUAAUUCUUGCGCCAUUUUCACCAUAUUUUUAA